CAGAAAAGAAAAAUUCUCACGUGGAGCACGCUAGAGAGGUGCAAACCGUAAAUCGCUCCUAUAAAAGAAGCAAGAUGAGUGAAGGUGGUCGUAUCCUUGCACAGUUUAAGAGUGAACUUGGAGAACUUAUUGGCACACCAUUUGACCUUCCUCUUGAUAUCACACCUGAUAAACUAGAAUUAGUCUGCAAUGCAGUACUUCAAAAGGAUGACAGUGUGCCAUAUUCAUUUUUUGUCAAUGAGUCUGAAAUCACUGGCAGUCUUAAGGAAACCUUAGAGACACAAACACUUGAAACAGAAAAGGUGGUAGAGAUAGUGUACCAGCCCCAGGCUGUGUUUAAAGUCCGGGCAGUCACAAGAUGUACAAGCACAAUUCCAGGUCAUUCUGAAGCAGUUAUUGCAGUGUCAUUUAGUCCUGAUGGCAGAUAUUUAGCAAGUGGCUCAGGUGACACGACUGUUCGGUUUUGGGAUGUCAACACAGAAACACCUCAUUUUACUUGUAAAGCUCACACACACUGGAUAUUACACAUAGCAUGGUCUCCAGAUGGAAAAAAGUUGGCGUCAGGAUGUAAAAAUGGCGAGAUUAGAAUCUGGGACCCUGAAACAGGAAAGCAACUUGGAAAGAUGUUAAAGGGACACUUGCAAUGGAUCACAUGGCUUAGCUGGCAGCCACUUCACAGUAAUCCAGAUUGCAGAUUUCUUACUAGUGCAUCAAAAGCGAGCACGACCUAAAAGCGCNGGGACUGCAUCCUUGGUCAGUUAAUUAGAACACUGUCAAGCCAUACCAAGUCAGUGACAUGUAUCAGGUGGGGAGGGGAGGGGCUGAUUUACUCCUCAUCACAAGACAGGACAAUCAAAGUCUGGAGAGCAGACGAUGGAGUUCUUUGUAGAACAUUACAGGGACAUGCACAUUGGGUGAAUCAUUUAGCACUGAAUACAGACUAUGCAUUAAGAACUGGUGCAUUUGAUCCGUCGAAAAAUCCCCCUGAUGAAUUAGCUACAGCAGACAGUGAUACAUUGAAAGGAAACGCGUUACAAAGAUACAUGCAAGCAAAGGGAGGAAGAAGAGAGAGACUGGUGUCAGGUUCUGAUGAUUUUACUCUUUUCCUCUGGGAUCCAGAAGAGAGCAAAAAACCUUUAGCACGAAUGACAGGUCACCAGGCUCUAAUAAAUCAAGUGAGUUUUUCUCCUGAUGGUCGUCUUAUAGCAAGUGCAGCAUUUGACAAGUCUGUUAAAAUCUGGAACGGCGACAAUGGAAAGUACAUCACAUCUCUUCGUGGCCAUGUGAAUUCUGUAUAUCAGAUUGCCUGGUCUGCAGACAGCCGUUUGAUUUGCAGUGGAAGUGCAGACAGCACUCUCAAAGUAUGGGACAUGAAAACGAAGAAAAUCAUGGAGGAUCUUCCUGGUCACGCAGAUGAGGUGUACAGUGUAGACUGGAGUCCAGAUGGCACAAGGGUAGCAAGCGGAGGAAAAGACAAAGUACUGAAAAUAUGGAGAUCAUAGAAGACAAGGAAUACCAGAGCAAGAUUUUUUAUCAAAGGGGCGCCAUGACCCCAAGGUGCUCAAAGUAUGAGCCUGCAUUAUGUGUCAGCGGUUGCGCAAUUGGUUUCUAACAAAGAAACGAGGAGCACUGGGGCAAGUCAAAAAGUAAGACAAUGCAUUGGACGCGAGACGCAAAGCUUGCCAUAUAGACAUUCUUCACUUAUUUUCUUGCUCGAUAUGCUUGCAAACUAAACAGUGGGAGGUACAACAGUACUCAAAAAGUGACAGGAAGAUGUUUUAGCAAGUGCGCACGCACAAAGAUGAUGAAAAUGACGAUAAUAAAAUAAUAUAUAAGCACCGUUGAGCUUCGCGUGGAAAGACUUUCCGUUGCAAUACACUGACGAGGAGAUAGCUCGUGUAAUAAUGUUUUGAACAGAAAAUUACGGUGAUAAUUAAAUACAUCGAACACGCGAAAAGAAAAUUAAAGAAAAUUUAUUCAAGUCGCUGGCCAAACUCUCCUCGAUCAACUCGCACAUGAAUACAAAGUCCGCGUACCGUAACCCUAGCAGCGAUCGUCUUUGACGGUCAGUAGCAGUCAGGGGAAUAAGUACCAGUUAAGGCGAAAUGCUGUCUCCGAGAAUUGACUGAGCCCGCGACUUUCUUGUCCAAGGUUGCUAAGAAACAUUGUAUGCUGGCGUGGCAAUUUUUGGAGUGCUGCUCAGGUUUCUCCAGACACUUCAAUUAAUUUGUAGAGGAGAGUUUUGCUCGACGUUUGUCUGAACUUUGGAGUCCUUGCUCUUCAUUAGAAAGAACGUAUGAAAAAAGUGGUGUUUUAGGUAUACUCAAUGUUAAGUUUUCAGACGGGUACAUUAAGGGUUUAAUCAAUUUUUAAUACCUUUCUUCACUCAGUUAUAUACAAUUUUGGAAACUGUUCCAUAUACUACAAGAUAAAAGAUCCUCGAAAGGUCAAAUCAAAAAUCUUUAACUUUACUUCAACUUCAAAUCAAGUUUUAUUUUGAAGGUACACACAUUUACAAACAGUAAAGGCUUUCUGUCCAACUUGCUGAUGAAGCUCUUAGAUACGAAGAAAAAUGAAAUCUGAUUGUCCGCGAGCCUUGUGUAAUUAAAAUGAGAUCUCUUUUAU